UGCCACGCCAUUGGACGGCGUAUGUUAAAGAGACACAUCAUUUUUCUGUAACGCAAACACGACCGGACAUUAAUGAGGAUUAUAUUAAUAAAGGAUAUUACUACAAAUCGAUAACGUAGAGGAAAUUCCUGACGUGGACUUUACGGUCAAACGAAAAUCGUCCGCCACCAAGCAGGAGUGGAUGAAAUUUUCAUUGUUUUCAUGACCGCGUUGAAUGAAAAGCUUGUCGAGGGAAUAACGUACGCGCCAAACUUUGCACCGCGAAAGUUUAACGGUAUCGAUCUUUGGCGAAACUGUUCAGCCUCCUUUAUUACGAGGAGGCCCGGCGACGGUAAGACGAAUGUAUUUUGAAGAAUAUUACUUCAGAUAUAAUAUGAAUGUGGUAAGGCCGUAUAAGAAAAGGCCAUUGUUCCGACAGUCGAGUUGCGACAUCAACGCCGAAACCGACGAUAACAGCGACGGAGCAGAAAACCCAAGUUCGCUAAGUCCGUCGCCUAGCGAACAUGACAUCGAAAUGGAAUUCAUAAACAAAAAGAAGGGCUGGAAGAAGAAAAUAUCUAGGAAGCAAUUCAGACAUCACGAUAUCAAACUGUUCAUGCCUGCAACAAAUUCGACAACGUGUCUGCUGAAGCAGAAAGACGCACCGACCAACCUAAAGAAACCCGAGCCCCUGACAAAAGAAGCCAUCACCGAGUCGAUCGUAAAGUCUCUGACGCCUACGGAAAACCACGCGAGGAAAUCGUUUUCGUUUCCCGAAAGUAGCGACGCGUCGCUCACCGAAAUGAACAACGGCGCCGCCAGAAACGGCAAACACAAUUUACCGCCCAUAAUCGUAGAAACUCCUGUCGCGAGACGAAGAAGCGUUGACGUGACGACGUCCAAACCCCAAGAAGCGCCCAAUCGCGAACCUAAAUCUCUCGAUAUGGGAACGUUUUAUAUGUCAACGGCCCCCGAAACACGAUUGCCGAACGCGCAAAACCCUCCGUGUUCGGAAGCACCGAACUACCAUCCGCUAUCCAAUCGACAAGGCGAUUAUCUUUUUACGCGGGGUACGUCUUCGUCUAGCGCUACGCGUCCCGAAUUGCCGAUUCCGCCCCCGCCGCCGUACCAAAAGAACGUCUUUAAUCCUGACGCCAUGACAGCCCAUUACCUGAAACUGAUGAACGGUUCGAAAAACAACGCGGAAUCUUCGGACAUUGCGGCCGACUACUACGUGAAGCUACUGUACAGCUACAUGAACGGCGAGCCGUCGUUCCAGUCGUUCGAAUCGAUAGCGUACGCUUACACGUUCGUAUUGCACAUCUGCAACCGCGUCCCCGGCCAGAAUCCGAUCAAACGGAACAUCAAAAAAGUGCUGAACAAAACCGUGAUCUAUAUCGAAAAUCAAUUACGGCACCUCAACGUUUCGCCGUACGCGGUCAUCGAUAUACUUGUCAAUCCCCACAGGACCGUGGAGAAAAAUAAUCUACGAAAUCACGUCGACAAAGUGCUGCGGGCGCACCACAUCAAUCUCAGAAAUGCGCAGACAUCCGAUCAACCUAUCGGGCAGCAACCGACUCGCGAACCGCCGGAGGGGCGUGUCCAUGCGCUCACGAACGGUGGACUGUAUAGCGUUUACCCCAAUACCCAACCCCCGCCGUACCCGUAUACGUCAGCUGGUCCGUUUCUGGCACAUCAACGAAGGACGAACGUAGACGUGCAGAGUUCACUACCAGAUUUUCAGAGCGUUCGAGCGCAGAAUAUGGCAGCGCCGGUCGAAUCGAUACGGCGCCAACACGAAAACCACGUCACCCAGAACCCAACCUGGAGGCCGGAGGGUCAUGGCGCAGCACCACCACCAAGCACGGUCGUACCGGAAGAUCGCUGUUCGCAGGAGUCUCAGAACGGCAGCUCUACUUCGGCAAUGACGCCUCCAGACAAAGAUACGAGGCACCUUUCGUUGGAUCCGUCGACCUUGAACCGCGACGAUGUGUUCGAAGAAAUCACCCAGGAAGUGGUGGUCGGAAACGAUUACACGCACAAAUUACGCAGAGUUCGAAUCGGACGUCUGCCGGAACUGGAGAAUCAGCCGCUACCGUUCCUCACCCCGCCGAUGCAGGCAAACUUUUGCCCUCCGGCUCCGGAGGGCAAACAUACUCCUAGGGAGACGGCAGUUCCGCAGCACUCACCGCAAACACUUCAUACUAUCGUUAAGCUGAAGCCGGAAACCAUCCAGGUAACGGGUAAAAAGUCGCCGGCAAAGAUGACGGCGCGGCCUGAAGUCGGACUGAAUCUCACAGUAACGGCGCAGAAAAACCGGUCCGAUCCCCAAACCGCGAUUCCUAUUCAAGUGAGUACGGAUGCGCCUGAAACGGUUCUGAACCUGUCAAAACCGCCGCAAAAUGUUCGAAUAGUUAAAGAGACGCCCCAGAAUAAAAUUCAACGAGAUCCACUGCCGGCAUCGGCUCCUAAAUUGGGGCUCAAUUUAACGAUAUCAUCUCGAGAAGCCCGCUCCACACAUGACGUUCAAACCGCUCCGGUAUCUAGUGAUAACAUAAGUCGGACGAAAACGGUAGUCGAAUCUCCUCAAACUUUGCCUACGAGAAGGAAAAUCGUCCGAGUUGGGAACGUAGUUCCCGAGGUGAUUGUUGCCGACGAAUCGAUGCAAAUAACCAAAGAAUCGGUGAAACGCGAGCCGGAUGACGAAAAAUCGGAAAACACGGGAGAUAUCACGGACAUGCAGGAGGUCGAGUUUUUGGAACUCUUGAAAAAGCUGCGACAUACGAUCCCCAGCAGCAAGCUGCGGCGUAUCAUCCUGAACGAAACAGGAAUCUUUCAAGGUCCGAUCCAAAACGAGGAGCCCAUUGAGAUCACCGACAGUGACGAUGAAAGUCAAUGCGACGAACGAAAAAGCAACGUCGACGAGAACGGCGAGUCGCAAUUGGAUGAGACUGACAUCGACAAAACCGCGGCCAUCAUGGACCUGUCAAAAAGCCACGAAACGACGUGUGAAAAAAACGAGGAGAAGAAAAAAACACAAACGGAAGAGUUAACGGAUAAAAUAAACUCGAGCGCACAACUCCCGACGAAAUCGAAAGACAUUUACUCGCCGGAAGUCGAGCCGAUCUCACCGACGGACGACGGCGAAAGCGCUUUCAUUUUUCCUGAGAAAAACCCUGCGACGUUGCCAAACGUACAAACCCGAGUCGAAGAUGCACAGCCGCCUAACCGUAAAAGAAAACAACAUGAUUGUCCCGAUAGCGAAGCGAAUAAAAAAACGCAAACGGAUACCGGCACCGUGAAAAUGGAACGGGCCAGCACGCCGUUGCUCCUCAACGAUCUCCCGAAGGGUAAACUGUGUUAUUUUCGGGAAAGCAACACGCUGCUGAGAUAUUUUGAAGAUAAUCAGGCGGAACUUUUCGUGAAAAACUUGACGGAACAGGACGACGAGUUUAUAAAAAGUUUGGGACUCGACCCGGUGAGGUUUAGGGAUUUGCAAAGGAAACGGGUGUCCGCUACCCGAAAAUCGGAGACCGAAAUCGUCAAACUGCCGCACAACGUAGAAUUCAGCAUGAGAGAGGAUUUCCUGGAAGCGGAGGAUUUCGUAAAGGAGUUGAAGCUGGUGGAAGAGUACGUACCGAAAGAUUUUAGCAGUUUUUAUAGGUUCGUUACGGGCUAUCAGAUAGUUAGGAAUAAAAACCCGGUUUCUUUACAAACGUUUCUGGUUAUGUAUAACACGAAUAGGACCAAUGACUUGCUGGCCAAGUAUAUACGCAAGGAGCAGUGCUACACGACUGCCCCAACGGACAACGCGGAAUAAACAAAAUUCUUCCCAAAAGCUGAUGGGACGUUUUAUUGAUACAUACAUAUCACCAUUAUUACGUUACAAUAAUAUUUGGUCCACUUAGUAUUAUUUGCUUUAAAGGCUUGAUGCUGCAUUCACGUAGCUUAAUACUUAUAGUAUUAUUUUUAAAUCAUUAUUAGUUGUUUAGUAUUAUUACAAUUAGUAACGUAAAUUUUAAGACUGUUUUUUUUUACUUUUAUAAAAAUAAACUUUCGAAGCACA